AUGUCUGUUUCUGAGGGCAUGCAGGCCUCUGCAAGCGAGGUUCAUAGAUACGACUACCGAGACUCAGUGCGCUACUGGAACGUCGUCACGCAAGCGACAUGCCUAGCUAUAAGUACAGUUCUUGUCUGGAUGCGGAUGUAUUCGAAAUUACUUAUCACUAAAGCACCGGGAUGGGAAGACCCAUACGUCGUGAUCACAUUCGAGGCUGACAAAUACGGCAAUGGCAUCCAUAUAUGGGACGUGGAUGAAUCUGAUCUGCGAAAAUAUAGCAAGUGGGCAAAUACCUCGCAGAUAGUCUAUGGGCCUUUGAUCUUCAUCACGAAACUAUCAGUCCUUCUGCUUUACUUACGUGUAUUUGCUCCCUCUUUCAGAAGCAAGACCUUCUUCUGCAUCCACGCUCUUAUCUGGCUCAACUUGGGGUUCUACUUUGCAGACACGAUCGUGAAGAUCUUCGAAUGCUCGCCUCGAGCGAAGAUCUGGGAUAAGUCCCUCAAAGGGCACUGUAUCAAUAUCAAUGUCCCCAUAAUCGUGACUUCCUCAAUCAAUGUGGCGUCGGACUUCCUGAUACUGGUUCUGCCUAUUGUUAGUGUGUGGCGCUUGCAAAUGAGAAACUCCAAGAAAUGGGGCACAUCUGCGAUCUUCGCUGCUGGCAUCUUCGCUUGCAUGUGUAGUAUCAUGCGCCUUGUGGUCAGUGUACGGAACAAAACCGUCAAGGACAAGACCUACGACUGGUUCCCCGAGUUCUUAUGGACACAUUUCUUCAAGCGAGCACGUUCCCUAAUCUCGGGUGCAAGCACCAGCUAUUCGUCCCGCUCGGCAAAGAGAGCGAUAGAAGUAAUCAGUUGGCCCACCAGCCGGUCCGUACGUCAAAAGAAACAAUCGAGCGGCUGCCUUAGCAUGACCGAGCUCUGCCAGAGCACCAACUGCGAGCUGGAUGAUAUUGAGCAACAGCCUGAGGAGCACACAGGACGUAUCUUUUCAGGGGCCAGUUACACGACUGCCGGUGCUCAAGUGGGUAUACUUGAACUUCCAAAAGUGACGUCGGACAGUUAUACAUUCGAAAGUCGAGGCGCUGGACACGGGUCAGAUUAUCGUUCGGGGAUUCUGAAGACAGUUGAGGUGGAUGUUGCGUCUCAACGAGGAUGA